CGCGGGGCCGGCCCGAUGGCGGGCGGCGCGGGCUGGGCGGGCGCCCCCGCGGCUCUGCUGCGCUCCGUGCGCCGCCUGCGCGAGGUGUUCGAGGUGUGCGGCCGCGACCCCGACGGCUUCCUGCGCGUGGAGCGCGUCGCGGCGCUGGGGCUGCGCUUCGGCCAAGGCGAGGAGGUGGAAAAACUUGUGAAAUACCUGGAUCCCAACGACCUGGGGAGAAUCAACUUCAAGGACUUUUGCCGAGGGGUGUUCGCCAUGAAAGGGUGUGAGGAGCUGCUGAAGGAUGUGUUGUCGGUGGAGAGCGUGGGGUCGCUGCCCUGCACGCCGGAGAUCUCAGACUGUGUGGAGCAGGGCAGCGAGGUGCCAGGCCUGACCUUUGCUGAUGGCGAGCUCCUCCCCAGGGACCCCGGCUUCUUUCCCGAGGACGAGGAGGAGGCUAUGACACUGGCUCCACUCGAGGGCCCCCCCGAGUCAGACAUGGACAGCCCCAUGGAGAGCACCCAGAGCCUGGAGGGGUCAGUCGCUGAGGAGAAGGACGGAGGUCUCGGGGGCCUGUUCCUGCCAGAGGACAAGUCCCUGGGCCAUACUCCGUCCAUGACCACGUCAGACCUCUCCACACACUCCACCACCUCGCUCAUCAGCAAUGAGGAGCAGUUUGAAGACUAUGGGGAGGGGGACGACGUGGACUGUGCCCCCAGCAGCCCCUGCCCCGAUGAUGAGACCAGGACCAAUGUCUACUCGGACCUGGGAUCUUCAGUGUCUUCCAGCGCGGGGCAGACUCCUAGGAAAAUGCGCCACACCUACAACAGCGAAUUGCUGGAUGUUUACUGCUCUCAGUGUUGCAAGAAAAUCAACCUGCUGAAUGACCUGGAAGCCCGACUGAAAAACCUGAAGGCCAACAGCCCUAACAGGAAGAUCUCUAGCACAGCCUUCGGACGGCAGCUCAUGCAUAGCAGCAACUUCAGUAGCAGUGAUGGCAGCACUGAGGACCUGUUCCGGGACAGCAUUGACUCCUGUGACAAUGACAUCACAGAGAAGGUGAGCUUCCUGGAAAAGAAGGUGACCGAACUGGAGAAUGACAGCCUAACCAACGGGGACCUGAAAAGCAAGCUGAAGCAGGAGAACACGCAGCUGGUGCACAGGGUGCACGAGCUGGAGGAGAUGGUGAAGGAUCAGGAGACCAUGGCCGAGCAGGCCCUGGAGGAGGAGGCGCGGCGGCACCGAGAGGCCUACAGCAAGCUGGAGAGGGAGAAGAGCACGGAGAUCGAGCUGCUCAACACCAGGGUGCAGCAGCUAGAGGAGGAAAAUGCUGAGCUCAGAACAACAGUGACCCGGCUCAAGGCACAGACGGAGAAGCUGGACGAGGAGCGGCAGCGCAUGUCUGACCGGCUGGAAGACACGAGCCUGCGGCUCAAGGAUGAGACUGACCUGUACAAGCGCAUGAUGGACAAGCUGCGGCAGAACCGCCUAGAGUUUCAAAAGGAACGGGAGGCGACGCAGGAGCUCAUUGAGGACUUGCGGAAGGAGCUGGAGCACCUGCAGAUGUACAAGCUGGACUGUGAGCGACCGGGCAGGGGUCGCAGCUCGUCCUCCGGCCUGGGCGAGUUCAGCGCCAGGGCCCGCGAGGUGGAGCUGGAGCAUGAGGUCAAGCGGCUCAAGCAGGAGAAUCAUAAGCUGCGGGAUCAGAAUGAUGACUUGAAUGGACAGAUCUUGAGCCUCAGCCUCUAUGAAGCAAAGAACCUCUUUGCCACCCAGACCAAAGCCCAGUCUCUGGCUGCAGAAAUAGACACAGCCUCUCGUGAUGAGCUCAUGGAAGCCCUGAAGGAGCAGGAGGAGAUCAACUUCCGGCUGAGGCAGUACAUGGACAAGAUAAUCCUCGCCAUCCUGGACCACAACCCCUCCAUCCUUGAGAUCAAACACUGAGACAAGGGCUGGCUGCAGAGCAGCCUUGGGGACUCAGACCCCCGGACCCUGGGACCAAGGGGCAGACCCUGCUUGGGGAUGCAGCCCAAGCCGGGCCACACACGCACUCGCGCACGCGUGCGCACACACACACACACACACAAACACACACACACACACACACACACACACACUGUAAAUGUAUCUCCGGCCACCACGUCAUGUGUACUGGUGUGUAUGUGGGGGAAGCCGUGCACACAGCAAGGGGUGAGCGUGGGGCCGUGGGUGUGACAUCUGUGCCCUUCCUGUCCCUUCAUUCUGUGGCCUGUCUGCAGGGGCAGAGGGUCCAGGAUGUGGGAGGGGCAAGGUCUGCGAUCGGGAGUUACUGUAAUAACAAGAACUGGAAGAUGGCGUCUCAGAUACUGGACAAAAAUGAUUCUACCUCUGGGGAGGAGGAUUAAAACAUGCUCUAGUGAGACAAGCUCUUUCACACCAGUCCCCGUUCCCUCUGGGAGUGGGAGCCGAUGUCUGAUCUUUUUCAGGAACUCGAAUGCCCGACGACUACAUCCUCCCCAACCUUUGACCACCUUUGAAGCCUAGGUGCUCAGGCCCUCCCAGAGCCCCCUCCCCAGCUGGCAGCCCCCACGAUCCUUGGGCACUGUGUGUCCAAAGGACUCAGGCCUGCAGAGGCCCAGGUAGCGUGGGGCGACCUUCAUUCCAAGAGUUCUUGGUAUUUUUAGAGUUCCCCGUAUACCUCCCCAUCCCCACUUACCUACCUCUUUCUUUUUUUGUUUUUAAGACCGUGAAAAAUAAGCAGCAUUUAACUUGGGUGUACAAUGAAGGGAUUCAAAGGAAGGAGCCGGGGGACACCAGGGGGGUCUACAGUACAUGUUGGCAUGGGCCAUCCAGAGACCUGCUUUUCAGGGAGGAGCACGCUCACACCCCUGUUCGUUUCCUUCCUGCUGCUGCAUCCUAGGAAAAGCGAAGCACGGGAGGGACUGUUUCCAUGGCAUCGGUGGGCGGGGAGUGGACCUUCCUUGCUGCCCAGCUCCCUGGUCUCCACAAGGCCUGGGGAUUCUGAGCUCUGGGCUUGGCACAGCUGGGUGUCCCCCACCCCCGACCCCGGGUCCCAGCUUUUAGAAACACUCUUGCAUUCCGUUCUCAGCCCUGCGAGGUGUGCUGGUGAGAGACACAGUUGGACGUUGCAUGGAAACCUUAACCUUCCAUCCUCAGUGGCACGUGGGGGAAAGGUACCCUCUGGAUUUUUAAUGCGAUCUUUGGUCUUGGGCAGCUGGGAGUACAUAGGGUACUUUGAGUUUUCCCAUUUGUCUCAGUGGUACAUGGCUUGUGAUUCGUUUCCUUAAUCCGAGUAUGUAUAAAUAUGUAUGGUCUUAAUUUUCCCCUGCAGUUUCUUGUUGUCUUCAGCAAUUCUGGUGGAAAAAGGAAGGUCUGGGCAUGUUGGGGAGAGGCCUUGAGGGGUGUUUUCAGAGAAGAGAGGACAGUAGAGGGUGGAGAGGGGCUUGGGGACUGGGGGAUGAAUGUUUCCUGUUCACAAAGGCAGGACCGGUCUUUACUCCGUGCCGGUCAGCUUCUGCUGCUGUUGGAUCGCGUGGUUUCUCUCUAAGCCCAUGUGUGGGCUUUGUUUCACGCCACAGAUAAUGGGGCUGCGUUGGUCUGAUUCAGGACUUUGGGGUCACUCACCCCAAGAAAACUAGGGCAUUCAGUGUUCUGAGAGUGUCUCAAGCCCGUAGGACACUGGUGUCCUUGGGCACCUCCUCGGGUCCUAGAAGCAGCAGCAGCAGUAGAAAGCAGGAGUAGGUCUCUUGAGAAUUUGCUAAGAGGCAGGAAUGGCCCCCAACUAAAGGAAAGGAAAGAAGACGUAUCAUGACUUGGCUUUAGUCUGGAUUUUCCACUGGAAGGAGUCCUAGGGCGGUCAGCCGCAUCAAGGUCCUGGUGCAUGCAGGAUUCGCCCCAGGGAUGAGCAUUUUAUAUGUAAAACUUUCUGUGCCCUUUAGCUGCACUGAUAUGGAAUUCCAGAGAAGGCCCCAGAGGCCUGGAUUAUGCAGUCACUAUGGGGAUGGGAAUUUCUGCUUUUGGAAAAGGGGGUGGAAAGCCAUCAACUUGCAAUGUUUUGCUGCCCCCUUCCUGAAGGGGGCGCUUUGGCAGUGGCCUUCCUAAGGAAGCCUGAGUCUGAAAGGCCCCUAGGGACCGUCCUGGUGCUGGCCUUGGGGUCUCUGGAAGAGGGCUGACUUUAAAGUGAGGCGAAACUCCACAUCUUCACCCAGGCGUCACCCAUCCAACCUUCUUCAGCCGAAGUUGUCUUAUGAAACCUAGGCUGUCAUUCCAGUUGGUGUUUGUAAGUGCUCUUCCGCGAGUGAGAGCUAGUCCACGGGAGGCCCAUGCCCCGGUGUCCCAGCCCACGGCCCCCAGCGAGGGUACCCAGAGGUACUAACUCUGGGAGCAGGUGCGGCAGACCCCGCCCCCUUCCUGGGCUGCCCCCCUCCUUUGUCUGUUGUCUAGUUGGGAGGUCUGCCGCAGCUGCCAGGUAGUACCCACAAUGCCCCACUUGGUGUGCAUUACAGGCGAACAGAACAGACCUCCCAGGAGUUGUUCUGUUCCACGCAGUACUUGGGACACGUCUGAAAUGGAGAGAUUUUAAAAAUUCUGAUAACCUGGGCCGAACUCCCAGAGGUUCAGUGUCAUUGGUGUGGAGUGUGGCCUGGGGCUGUUGGAAUGUUUAAAGAACUCCCCAGACGAUUAUAACUUAACUGAGUCCCCGAGGUGUGAUUUGUUUUUGUUUGUUUGUUUUUGCUAAACCAGGCAACUCUACCAAGUAGGGAUUAGUAGUAACUCUUCCGAAGUUGUGAGGUGUUUCGGGGGCACCCAGAGGGGGUCCUGCAACAGACCCACAUUUUACACGGCACUUGACUAUCCUUAAUUCAACGGGAAGCCAAACAAUUUGCAGAAUCAGUGAGUGAGCUUUAUAAAGUUCUAGUAAAAAAAAAAAAAAAAAAAAGUACAUAUUUUUAAAAUUUGAAUUGGCCAAGUUAGACAUAUUAUUUUAAGCUUGAAGAUUCUUUGAGAAUUGUCAGAGGGAAAUUCCUUUAUUUUGACUUUUUUUCUCACUUACUACAAAAACAGAGCCCAAGAACCUCCCAAAGCACUUGGACCGGAAACAGUGGUUUUCAGCUUGGGCUGCGCAGUGGGAUAACCUGGGAAGAUUUUCGAAAUUCUGCUGACUGGCCUGAACCGGCCACCACCCCACCCCAAGAUUCCAAUUUAAUUGGCGUGGGUGUGGCCCAGGCAUCCAGAUAUUUAAAGAGCUCCCCAGGCCAUGCUGAUGUGUAACCCAAGGUGGAGACUAGAAUGUUCCUUGUCGGGUGGAGAAAAGGGGUGGAACUGGCUGCAGGGUUUGUUAAUCCAGAUGCUACCUUAAUGGUGGGGGUGUCGGUGGUGGCUUUGAUGGGUGGUGAGAAGUGAGCAGAUCCCUCACCCCAGCAUGGGAGGCCAGAUGCCUUCAGGAACUGGCGUAUCCAGCUGUUUUCCGCAGCCUGGGGGUAAGCAAACCUGAGUGGGCAGGUCUCUCCCUGGUGCCUAUGGAAUCGCGCAUGGGCCCAUUCUGGAGUCAGGGGUCAGGAAGGGCUGUACCCAUGACGACAGCCCCAGAAACAGUCCUCUACUUGCACAGCCUAGCAGGAGGGGAUGCUUGCUGGCUUUGUGGGGUUUAUCUCUGAUCCGUUUUCAGGCUGGGUGGACGAGCGUCCCCCCAGCUCUUCCACUGUUAGUAACCAAACCAGCAUCCCGGCUUAUGUUCUGGAGGCUCUGGGGCCCUCAUCUGCUGGCAAGUCUGGUUCCUGACCCCAUCAGGUCUGGCAGUCAGGGGGUGUAGAUGCUUCCGUUCCAAUAAGGGGCUUCAUAACCAGCAGAAACCUGCAGGGGCCAGUGGGGCCUGGUGGCUCAGUGAGGAAUUAAGCCACUUUUUGUGCUCUGUGGCUCUGUGUGUUCAAAGCAGUAGCAAAUUUAAACCCAAAAGCCAGGGAAGUUUGGGGAUGGUCACCAUGCCAAGGAAAUGACUAUUUGCCUGGCAGGUCCACAGUGACUCUGAAAACACUGGGGAGGGUUUUAGGUUGAGGACUUCAGUGCUGGCAUCCCCCCCACCAGCCGUGCCUGCUGAGGGGGCUGUAAGCCAGAGGGGCCACAUACCCCCCAUGUGACUUCAGGUUCCUUCCCUUGACGCGCUGACCUUAGGGACCUUCUGGGCCUGCCCUAGCCUCGUGGCAGAACAGCUCUAAGGCCCUUCUGCCACACUCUGCUGCCUACCCAAGAAAAUCAGCCGCCUUCUGGAAAGGCUUCUAAAAGCAUAGACCCUGGUGAAGUGUGAUGUCAUAGGUCACUCUGAUCUUUUAGGCUCCUCCUCUCUCCCCGGGACUGUAGGGGGAGGGCUAUCUGCCGUGAGCCGAGGGUGGCUGAGAAUGGCAGGGCCAUGGCCGCCCAUGCAGGCUGCUACCUGGGGGAGACUGUGCCUCCUGCCGGGCCCCUGUGGAGGGGGAACCUCACCUCCUGCCAGGCCCCACUGCUUUGCUGUGCUGCACAGACCUUGUUUUGUCUGCAUGGUUUGGGGUCGUCGUCCUUGUGCCUUUUUUCUUCCCUGUCGCCACUGUACAGGAGUUUCCAUGUCCCCACUGCCCCUUUUCUACAUCCUCUCUUUUCCUCUGGUCCUUCCCAAGCUCUGUAAAUGUGUACAUAGUGCCUCCACGGCGCCCAGAGUGCUCCUGGGCCAGCCCCCCCCCCGCCCCCCUCACACUGAUCCACUCCGAGAGGCUCAGCCUUCCCCUCUGCUCGCUCCACCUUGCAGACUCGGUAACUUUGUACAGAACUCUUUUCAUUAUGGUCUUAGCUUCCAGGGCUUGGACCCACUUAACGCCUCCACCCCUGGCACCCCCGUGUGGCCCACCACUAGUUUAGAAGCCUUGCACACCAGAAAAGGGUAACUUUGUGUAACACACCUUCUCCCCCAAACUUCUUCCUGUAUUGGUGUCAAUACUUCUAGAAAGCAGGGCGCCCCUUCCUCUCUGCGGGUCUGCGGGUCUGCAGCAGUGUCCCUGGCCCCGGGGCUGGGAAACUCCCACAGGGGGGCUCCCAGUGCUUGGCAUUCAGCCGCCUUCAGGAUCACGGCUGCCUGAUGUCUCGAACAGCCUUGGACUCCAAGUGGGCAGAAAGAAGAGGUGUCUGGCUGCUGCUCUGGCCGGUCACUAACAACAGCCGAGCUCUUCCUCCUCUGCCCAAGGUGCUCAGACCCGAGUGCCAUUAAUUCCCCCACUGCCGGGCUGCUGGCUGCACUGCCGGGGGGGACCUUGUUGAGGUCUCGCUCUCGGCCUGCCAGCUCCCUCCAUCCCAGCUCUUCCUGCUCUCUUGGCUAGGUUCCUGGGGCCCAGACUGGAUAAGGUGCACAUGUGGCCUCGUGCCCAAGGGUUGGUUAGACAAGCUUUGACUCUAUGGGAUUCUCCCUGAGUCUCACCCCAGGAGCCUCCAUCUGGAAGCAGGCUUAGCUCUGGCUCUGGGGCAAGAUAUCCACUCCCAGGGGAAGGGGGAGGGGGAAGGCCCAAAGCUUCCCCCCCCCCCCGCCCGCCGGGGGCCUCGAGCUCUCUGCCCACUACCUGCUUCUAGCCAAAAAGGAGCAGGCUCUCAGAGGCAGUCUCCUUCAGGAACUCUAAUGUACAGACCAAGGUGUAAAUAAACAGUUUGCUUUUCC